CUGUAAGAUAAACUAACAACAAAUAAAUCGUGAUGUGCUCUCCGCACAAUAGUCAAACGACAAAUGAGGCUCGCACUCACACAAUCAAGAACCAGCCGUGUAGCGCUCGGUGCAGCACAUGUACGCGAUUCUCAAUUGUUUAUCAUAGCUCUGCCGUCUUGCACAUUUGGAAAGCAACCGCCAUGGCGCAGAGUUGGUCUCAAUCAGAAGAAGUUGCAUCUAUGCAGCAGUUGCUGCAACAGUUGUUGCAGCAACAAAAAAAACAACAACAACAGCAGCAGCAGCACCAAAAAGAAGUCCAACAGAAGUUGGACUUCCUUUAUGGCGAGCUGCAAAAAUAUAAAGAACAGCAGCAGCUGGUGCAACAACCACAGCAGCCACAGCAGCCAUAGCAGUCACAGCAGUCACAGCAGCCACAGGCAAAACGUAAAGUAUUUUACAUUAUUUGUUAUUGGGAUAAAAAAUUAUUCAAUUUUAAUAACGUAUUUAUUUAUUUAUUUUUAGAGAAAAAAAGAGGUGCCGGCCGCGCGCGAGCCCGCUGGCGAGCCCAGCGAGCCUUUCAAGGUAGCCGAGGAAGAGGUCGAGGCCAAGACAGCGGACGAGGUGGCGGCCGAGGUGCCGACCGAGGUGGCGGCCGAGGUGGCGGCAGAGGUGGCCUCACGUAUAAUAUUUACAAAUAUUAUAAUUUUUUUUAGAAUAUAAAAUGAUAUAAAAAAUACUUCAAAUUUUUUUAAAUAUCCUUAUAUUCCUUUCAUUAUUCCUUUUCUUUAUAUAUAUAUAAGUAUUAAUAAAUUAAAAUCUUACCUGGAACGCUAGAUCUCACAUCUAUAAAUAGAUGUGUUAACAGUAUCAAAGAUUAAAUUAAAUGUGGUAUAAUAGGGCUACUGGCGAAGGUCCACGUAAAAAAACCUAACGCGCUAUAUAGUGGCACCUCAUGGGUGGCGUGGAAGCCACUUAAAUAAUUUAAAUUUUUUUCAUUAAUCUUUUGCUAACUCGUCAGCUCUUUCUAUUUUUAUUUGUGUAUUUAAUAACUUAUUACAAAUU